AUGUCGUACCAGGAACGCCAAACAAAGAAACGCAAAACCGGCCACAAUGAUGGCGCCCGCAGCGAGCAAAGAUCGUUCAAGCCCUCGCCUCACUUCGCACCUCGUAAUGCCGGUCGGGAUUGGACGGUGUCUGUCGCCAUCCCCAGCAGUAUCCUAGCCAACUUGGCGACCGCAGACCAGCGCAUGUCAAUCCCCGGACGAAUUGCCCGCGCCCUCUCCAUCUUCUCCGUGGACGAGGUCGUCAUCUUUGACGACUCCGCGCCCGCCACCCGCCCUCGCGCCUCAGACCCGGCAGCAUACACCGGGGACACCGAUCCCUGCCACUUCCUCUCACACAUCUUCUCCUACCUGGAAGCGCCGCCGUUUAUGCGCAAGGCACUGUUCCCUCUCCAUCCCAACCUGCGCCUGACCGCUCUGCUUCCUACGCUGGAUAUGCCGCAUCACCCGCACCCCAAGGAGUCGCUCGAGUACGCCGAGGGUGUGACCGUCAAGGGGAAGACCAGCACGGGAGCCGGAACCCUGGUGGAGGUUGGGCUCGAGCAGCCCGUUGAGAUCGAGGAGAAGAUCCCGCCGUCGACAAGGGUGACGCUCAAGUUCUCAGAAGACGAGUCCGAGAACCCCAAAUGCGUGCACCCGGACGCCCCACGGACUGAAGCUGGCUAUUAUUGGGGGUACAACGUGAGGAAAUGCGGCUCUCUCUCCGCCGUCUUCACCGAAUCUCCCUAUGAGAAUGGUUACGACAUCAGCAUUGGCACAUCGGAGCGCGGCACGCCUGCGGCAAGAGCUUUUCCUUAUGGAAAGAAGGUCAUAUUUAAGCAUUUAUUGAUUGUCUUUGGCGGGCACAGAGGGCUGGAGUAUGCGUCAAUGAAUGACGAGGACUUGGCUGGUAUGGAUGUACAAGGUCCCAAGACCAGGGAGCUAUUUGAUCAUUGGCUCAACGUUCUUCCCGAUCAGGGAAGCAGAGCUAUCAGGACAGAGGAGGCAGUACUCAUCGCUUUAACGGCAUUGCGGCAUAUUUGGUAUUCAGACUAG